GAGUCAUUUGCUACCGAGAACCGGCGCUUGGAUCGGGGAAGAUGGGAGAUUUGAGAGGAACUGCUUCGAUAAGGUGGAGAUCAACAAGGGAUCGAGCUACAUUCAUGUGGAUUCGCUGACCGGAGAGGGAAUUUGGCUGCCCGGUCACGAUGGCGACGAGAUUGAGAUCGAAGCGAGCAGCGUGAAGAAGAAGAGAAGAAAGAAGAUGAACAAGCACAAGCACAAGAAGCUCCGACGGAGAAAUCGCCAUAGCAAGAAGAAGAAGUGAUAAAAAACCCCCCUUUUCCUCUUUGAGAAAGCAAGCUAGCAUUUUUGUUUAGGGCUUUUGCUCUCUUUGAUGAGGGUUAGGGCUUGGGAAGUGGAGGCGCUGAUCGGCGCAAGGGCAGCGCGGCUCGAUCGAUUGGUUGAUUCAUCUCCGCGAAGAAAUGCCUCCGAAAGCCGCCGACAAGGGGUCCAAGGAGAAGCAGAAGGCCGAUUUGGCGAAGAAGCAGAAGCUCGUGGAGGACAAGACAUUUGGGCUCAAGAACAAGAACAAGAGUAAGAAUGUCCAGAAGUAUGUGGCGAGCCUCCAGCAAUCCGUGCAGUCUCGUGUCAAGCGCGAGGAGGAUCCCAAAGCUGCUCAGAAGAAAAAGAAGGAAGAGGAAACUCAGCGGGAGAAGGAGCUGAAUGAGCUCUUCAAGGUUGCCAUCAGCCAGCCGAAAGUUCCAGUUGGUGUCGAUCCAAAGUCAGUCGUUUGCGAGUUUUUCAGGAGGGGACAGUGCGCCAAGGGAUUCAAGUGCAAGUACUCUCAUGAUCUCAAUGUGGAGAGAAAGGGAGAGAAGAUCGACCUCUACAGUGACCAGCGUGAUAACGAGACCAUGGAAGAAUGGGACCAGGAGACGCUGGAGAAGGUUGUGGAAUCCAAAGGGAAAGAGUACAUGAACAACAAACCAACUGAGAUAGUGUGCAAGUACUUCCUGGAUGCCGUUGAGAAGAAGCAGUAUGGCUGGUUCUGGGUGUGUCCCAAUGGUGGUAAAGACUGCCAUUACCGACAUGCGUUGCCACCAGGGUACGUUCUGAAGUCUCAAAUGAAGGCGUUGUUGGAGGAGGAAGCUGAGAAACUAAGCAUUGAAGAGGAGAUCGAAGAACAGCGAACAAAGGUUUCGACGACCACCCCUCUAAAUGCUACGAUCUUCAGCGAAUGGAAGAAGAGAAAGGAGCAGGAAAGGGAAGCGAUGUUGGCACAGAAGAGGGCUGAACGAGCGAAGAAUGACAGAAUGAGUGGAAGAGAACUCUUUGCCUCUGACGCAAGCUUGUUUGUCGACGAUUUGGAGGCUUGCGACGAGUAUGAGAGAGACGAAGGGGAACCCGGAAGUAGCUCCAAAGCUCAGGAUGCGAAGGCAACUGAUACCGCCGCAACUGCUGCUGCUGGAUCGUCGUCAGCGUCUGUGGAUCCAGCCGAGAUUGACGAGGACGACGAAGCGAUUCCAGACGUUGAGGACGAUGAUCUGGACGAGGACGAGCUCAACGAGUUGGAAGCUAGGCUAGCUAGUUCGGGCGUAGGUGGCGAUACUUAGACAAAGUUCCCGAGAUCUUUUAUUAAACCCUCGGAUGUUUGUUCUCCUGGCAAUUGGAAAGCUUUUGAAA